GUAACUGACAGUGAUGUCUGUGCAGUUCUGUGGGAGUGGCUUGAGCUUGUAUACCUCACUGCUGCUCGGCUUUGACACGCCCACUUGCCCCGCCUCCCAUCCCCGCUCUUCGAGCCCUUGUCUGGGAGAGAAUCGCCGCCUGAUUCCGCCCUCGCUGUACUUAUUCACAGUUAAGCGAUGGGGCGAGAAGUCAAGUGGAGCUCUCACACUGACUCACUUAAAACCUUUGUUCAAGAUAUCUUUGAUGGAACGCUACAGAAAACAAGUGACAACGCGAGAGUGCAAGAAACGAUACUACGUCGAGCCCUAUGGAAUUACAGUAAGAUCAUCCAAUUCUCAGGCUAACAAAGAUGCCAUUGACUGCGAUGCCAUUUAUCAGCUGGAUCCAGUAGAAAUUGGCAAGUCCUUGGAGAUAAGGCGCAGAGACAUUGUGGAUUUGGAUGAUGAGAGUGUCGUGUCCUUUACUGAGGAUUGUCCAAAAUACUUAUCUGUGAGAGGUUACAAUGGCGUCUCCGUGACUGACGAGGAACGUGACUUUCCACUGGCCUACUCUUUAGUAGUGCAUAAGAACAUGCCCAUGAUAGAGAGGAUUAUCAGAGCCAUCUACGCACCAUGCAACAUAUAUUGUAUUCAUUAUGAUCAGAAGUCCUCGAAAUCCUUUAUUGCAGGGGUGAAAAACCUGGCUAAAUGUUUCCCAAACAUAAUCAUUGCCUCCAAAGUGGAAUCGGUGCAGUAUGCACACAUCACAAGACUCAACGCAGAUCUCAAUUGCCUGUCAGAUCUAAUGAGGUCAGAGGUCAAAUGGAAGUAUGCUAUCAAUCUUUGUGGGCAAGACUUCCCACUGAAAUCCAAUUAUGAGCUGGUGAAGGAACUGAAAAAGCUGAAGGGGGCAAAUAUGUUGGAGUCAAGCCGACCGAGUGAGCUAAAGAAACAACGCUUCAGCUUUCAGCAUGAACUGAAAGAAGUCCCAUAUGAGUACCAGAAGUUACCCAUUAGAACUACACUCGCUAAAAGCCCCCCACCGCAUGGCAUUGAGAUGUUUAUUGGAAGUGCCUAUUUUGUACUCUCGCGUGAUUUUGUCCAGUAUGUUCAGACUAGCCAGCUGGCAAAAGACUUUUUAGAGUGGUCAUCUGACACCUAUUCUCCAGAUGAACAUUUUUGGGCCACGCUGGCACGAGUGCCUGGUGUGCCAGGAGAGAUCCCGAGGACAGAGCCUGAUGUGACUGAUUUGAAGAGUAAAACUCGGCUGGUAAAGUGGAACUAUUUGGAAGGGGCUUUGUACCCCCCUUGCACUGGAACACAUAUGCGUAGUGUUUGCAUUUAUGGCGCUGCAGAACUCAGAUGGCUCUUGGAAUACGGCCACUGGUUUGCAAACAAGUUUGAUCCAAAAGUAGACCCUGUCCUCAUUCAAUGUCUUGAGGAAAAACUUGAAGAAAGUAAAAUUCAACAAGGUUUGAGUGCAAUCUCUUAAAAAGGGGUAGGGACUGAAGACCUUUAUUUAUGGCCUAGUUUAUGGACCCAGAGGGGUUGAGGCUUUUGUACUUGUUUCCAGUUGAAACUGUCUUGCACCUAUUAUACAGCAAAAAAAAAAGUAUAACGCUUUGUGUAGGGUUUUCCUUCCUUUGCUGGUGAAAUAUUCAAUGUAAUACAGUUUCCUAAACAGAUUCUCUGAUAACUGUGAGCAAAACAAUCAACGCCUUUUGCCAUUAACGUCACGAAAGCGUAGGAACUCAAUGGCAAUUUAAAGUGCCUUUCCGCUUCUACUUGGAGUAUACUGUAUUUAUUGUUGCCUUACUAAAGAACUAUGAAAUGUGUUAUGAAAAAAAAUCAUAUCAAUACUCUAUGAAAAAAAUCAUAUCAACCCAAUAUUCUACCUCAUUUAUCUUUUUUUAUUUUUAAAGAUAUAUUUAAAUGAGGUCUCCAACUGUAUUAGCCUAUUUGUGUUUUGGAUCUUGAUAAUGAUAUUUACAGUCUCGUUCUUUCGUAAGUCUUUCAUACGUAAAGCAUCAGCAGUCUGUACGAGAUAACUCAAUGAUGCUUUUUCUGGACAGGGCUUAUUAAGAUGGUGGUAUUUUACAGCUAGAUCUCUUUUCUAACAGGAAUCAAGGAACACCUGCUGACAGUCAUAAUUCACUCGGUGAACAGUUAGGUGGAAGAAUGUCUCUUGUUUUAAUAAAAUUGAUAUUAAAGAGAAAUUCCUUGUUCAAUUUCA